AUGGCCAGAGACGACACGCACCGAGGUGCACACGCGCGAAGCACAUACGCAUCGGCACACGCGACCGAUUCUGGCGAGAUGGAGGCGGCCGGAGAGUUUGAGUGGAUUGGCCGGUCGUCGUACGGCGAACGCGGCCAGCGUAGAGCAGCCGGAAUUUCCGGCCGACAGCCGAUCGAUCCGACCGGUCGGGCCGUCGAACAGUCGGGCAGUCGGGCAGUCGGGCGGCGAGCACGCCGCGAAGCGAGUCGUUCGAUCGCUUGUUCAAACCACUCGACCGCUGAGCCGCACUUAAGCGCUGGCUUCAGGAGACGCCAGCUCCGCCUCGCCUCGCCUCGCCUCGCCUCGUCAGAGCUCUGCGCAUUUGGGGCCGGCAGGCCUGGCCGAGGCUAG